AUGGCGGCCGCCGCCGUCGCGGGGUUUCGUGCCUCUUACCAUCGCUUCUUGGACCGGAUCGAGCUCAUGUUGCCAGCACGGCUGCGCCCUUUGUAUAACCACGCUGCAGGUCCCAAAACAGUGUUUUUCUGGGCACCUAUUAUGAAAUGGGGUUUGGUCUGCGCUGGAAUGGCUGAUAUGACUAGGCCAGCAGACAAACUCAGCACGUCGCAAUCUGCAGUGUUAACGGCUACAGGCCUCAUCUGGUCAAGAUAUUCCUUAGUUAUUAUUCCUAAAAACUGGGGUCUAUUUACUGUUAAUUUCUUCGUGGGUUGUGCUGGUGGCUCUCAGCUGUACCGUAUCUGGAGGUAUAACCAAGACCUAAAAGCCAAGGAGAAGGAAGAGAAGCAGCAAUAAAAAUGUAGUUCAUCUCUUCACAGUUCAGCUGUGAACUUUUUCCAGGGACCUAGUUGUAAUCUUGUGCAGUUGUCCACCGUGAAUUUUUAUUAAUGUUUGAGCAUGUUUUUCUAUAAACUAGAAAACAGUC